AACAUAUCACACCCGGAACUUUUGUUUCGGGGGAGAUAUAUUGUGUUGCACACAGCCCGCGGUUCUUGUGACUGGCCAAAACAACUCAGAUAUUCAUAUCAUGUCAGUGCUUCUAAACAGCAAGUUAUUGUGUUGAAGCUCCUUUUCAAUCACCAGCUAGCACCCGGUACAUGCCAGGUGACGCUCAAACCUUUCAGUCUGUGUAAAGCCCACUACAUUUAGCCCACCUCUGACUCCGAGAGAUGCCUCCUAACAAACGGAUCCAUAAGAAAACACUUAAACUGGAGUGUGAAUGGAGUUCGUGUCAGGAGUCGUUCAGUCGGAUGGAGAACUUCUGCAAGCAUGCGGAGGCUCACCUGAAGGCUUUCAACAUGGCGGAGGAGGACGAAGAAGAAGAGACAGAAGGGGAGAGAAAUUGUCUUUGGAAAGACUGUGGAUUCUGUUCUGUGGAGGGUCCCGAAGAGUUGCGAAGACAUCUGUUCUUUCACUGUUACCAUACUAAGCUGAAGCAGUUGGGUCAGCAGGUGCUUAAUGCCCAGCCAGAAAUUGGCACCUGCUCCAUCGGCUACCAAAACCACAACAUCAUCCCUGAAAUCCCAGACAAUUUUAUCUGCCUUUGGGACGAAUGUGAGCAAUCACCGUAUGAAAACCCAGAGUGGUUCUAUCGCCAUGUGGAGAUGCAUAGUCUGUGCAUAGAUAUACCGGCAGGAGACUGUGAAUUCCCGAUACGCUGUGGAUGGAAAGAUUGCGAAGCCACUGCUAAAGGUCGUCCUAAGCUGCGGGAGCACCUGCGCAGCCACACCCAGGAGAAGGUAGUGGCAUGUCCAGGCUGUGGGGGGAUGUACGCCAGCAACACCAAGCUCUUUGACCACAUCAUUCGACAGAGCGCCAUGGAAGGUCAGAGGUUCCAGUGUUCUCACUGUUCCAAACGUUUUGCAACAGAAAGACUACUGAGAGACCACAUGAGAACCCACGUGAGCCACUACAAAUGCCCGCUGUGUGACAUGACUUGUCCAUCGCCCUCUUCACUGCGCAACCAUAUUAAAUUCCGCCACAGUAACGAGAAGCCAUACAGCUGUGAAUACUGCGAAUACAGGUGUAAGAAUUUGAUCGACUUGCGCAAACACCUGGAUACCCAUAGCAGCGAGCCGGCAUUCCACUGUGACGUUCCUGGCUGUGGCUUCACCUCUCGUACCCUUGGCACCAUGAAGAUUCACCACAAAAGAGGGCACGAGGGGAAUUUUGUAGCUCGCUACAAGUGCCAUGUGUGCAGUCAGUGCUUCACCAGGGGCAACAACCUAACUGUUCAUCUGCACAAAAAGCACCAAUUCAAAUGGCCCUCUGGACACCCCAGGUUCAGGUACAAGGAGCACGAGGACGGCUUCUUGCGGCUGCAGCUGAUUCGCUACGAGAGUGUGGAACUGACAGAGCAGCUAAUGAGGGAAAAGGACAGCGGCCAGACUGAGGGUCAGGAGCUGGAGGAAGAAUCCCCGGGGGCAGCUCCUUCAGAGUUGCAGGUAGAACUGAGAGGGGUGCUACUGGAGGAGCAGAGGGCUGAGGAGCCACCCGUCAACGCUGAGGAGGGCAGUCAGGAAGAGGACAUGUUGUACGUUUUCACUGGAGGUUUGUCGCAAGCAGGGGAGGACUCUGUCAUGCAGCAACUCCAGGAUACUACUCAGCAGCAAGGAAUGCAGGUGGUUUGACAGCAACAACAGUCCUGCAUACACGUCCUUUACAUGACAAGACAUUCUGUAAUCAGCUGUGCUGUUUCACAGAUACAUGGCAAAUGUAUGAAGAAUUGUGUGGCAUUUCUGAGCCUUUAAUGGGUGCUGGUACAGGGAUGUAGCUGCGAUUUUAAAAAGAAAGUGUGGCACUUGAUAGUAAAUUAAAAUGUCUAAGUGAAGGGAUGUGUACACCAUGAUGGCCCAUCUUGACUAUAAGCCUAUAUUAGGUAAUAAACCUGUUUUUAUGUGUUUUGUUUGCUAAUGUUGAGCUUGUGGACAACCUGUUUGCCAGUAAUUUUAAAUUAUUUUCAGUUCAUUCAGUGUAUCUCAUACUGUAACAUCUUCAGACAGAUGGAUACUAAUAUUGCACUGCCUAGUGGGUGGCCAUUCUCUUUUAGAUGGGGAAGCUGUCCCAAAUUCAGAAAUUCAUCAGUCACACCUUCGAAGAUUAAGGAUAUGAGUUACAGGAAUGUCGUGUUAGCAUUAAUAUUCCCCAGACAGUGUGGAAUCCAGCAAAGAGGGCGUACCUCAUUAGGUCCGAGUGUAUUUUUUGACGCUUGAUCUACAACUUGAAUAAACUUGUGGCACAAAUUGUUUGCAAAAAUCA